AUGCCCACCGCUGCUCCGUAUCCCGAACUCGAGGCCCUCGAGGCUCUCCACCGUCGCGCCCAUCUCCAGCCUCGAGCCGAUCCAACCGCUGCUUGGGUCACCGUCGGCGACGAGGGCACGCCCGUCAAGACCAUCACGCCGAAAGCCACCACCAUCAGCGGAACCCCCACGCUGGUCGACGUUGCGCCUCACGAUAUCACGGCCUCGGUGUACACCUUUACGAGCUGGGGAGUCAUUACAACCAGCACUGGCCAGCCGCCUAACCCGACCGCUACAUCCAAGAACAAUGACGGAGUCUUUUCGCGGUGCUACAACAAGGACGGCAAGGACGCCCCCUUCUGCACACCCUACACAAACAGCUCGCUUCUGACAGGCAGCACCUAUUAUAUUACUUGGGAUCCCGACUACUACAACAAGACCAACUUCAAGACCAACACGACUUAUGAAAUCACCGUCCGUCUGGACUACCUCAACAGGACAAGCAAUGAAUGGGUUAAGCUUGAGAGCUUCGACGACAACAAGGUGCCAGCCUCGUGGGGGUUCUGGCCGCUUAAAGUCAAAAAGGAUUACCUCAUGGGCGAGAAGACCAACAACAUCACCAUCACACUUCUGAGCGCUCCCCGGGGCAGCAACGACAAGAACAGCUCCAUUGCCCUCCCAGUGCUUUUCGAAAAGCCCGCUUUACCCCAGAACUCAAAGACCGAGCUUCCCACGGGCCACACGCUCUCCAUCGCUCUGCCUCUCGCUUUCGGCUGCUUCGUCUUCAUCGUCGUCGGCCUCUUUAUGUGGAACCGCAAGAGCCGCCGCAUCGAGCUCGGCAACAUCAUGGGCCGCUCUCGCCGAGGCUACAACGGCCGCAAGGCUCGCCGAAACAUUUUCCACUCGAGGAAGGAUAGCGUCCCGCUGCACAACGCGGAUGGCCACUUGAGAGACGGAGAUUAUCACGAUGCGCCCAUCGCUGGUCGACGCGAUAGCGAGGCUCUGGGCAGCCUGGCCGGCACUCCUAUCAAUGAGACGUUUGAACAGCAGGGCACCACUGGCGGUCACAAAAAUGCUUUCCGGGACGAGAUGGCUCGACAGAAUCAAGAGAGACGUGGAGGAUACUAAAAUCAAAGAAAAAUGAUGGAUGAAUGGAAAAGAGGAAAAUUAACCAUCAUGAUCCAGGUGAUUGUGAGAAGUGUAAUUGAUACAUGAAUCUACGAGGAAUAAUGUUCUAUAAUAACCACUCUACAGAGUAUGCGAGUUGAAUUUUGUCACGAAACUAAUGCAAUUUUGAAGAGAGGAUGUUGGAGUUGAACGAGUACGAAUUGAUCAAUUGAGCAAAAAUUGAUUGUUUGCCAUGCACUGAUGUUCUUAUGAGCUGUGUCCCAACGCCCACUCUUGUUUCUUCGUGGAAUAUACAAUAGAAAGAUAAAAUCAUACGUCAAAGACAUGAAAAGAGGGGAGAGUCAUGAUUCUCCCAUCAAAGUCCAACGCCCAGCUCCGACCCUCAGUUCUAUUUCCAUUCCACAGAAAAACUCCGCCAGUACGGCUUCCUUUGUUUCUUUGCUAAUCCCGUGCGGGGAAACAAAAACCCAGAUAUGCCACCCUGAUUUACUCCUGGUAUCAACAGAAAAACCCCCAUUCAUCCAUGCAUUACAUCGUCACUUAUUGUUCCCUUCCAACGGUACUCCUCCUUUUGUCCAGGAAUAAAAACAGGCUUUCAAAAACGUCCCAAAUGCAAAAAAAAAGAAAAAAAAAAGGAAGAAAAAAAAAAAGGGUAAUUCAUGGCGGCCAUCAGACAUGUGCAUGUACAGAGAGUUUAGGGU